AUGUGCAACUACAUCUACAAGGAGCUGAAAUGCCAGCACCACUACCACCUGGUAGAAUCCUGGUGCCCCAAGUAUAUUGCGACUGAGCGACGAUGCACUCCUACCAUUGUCAGCAAACAGUACUGGGGUGACGAUAUCUGCGCUGCCUGCCGUGAACGCCAGCAACCCAGCAACCACCCUUGGGCGAAGCUCAUCCGCAGGCCGGAAUCUCGAGCCGCUCCGCACGCAACGGUUCCUGCUCGAUAA